CGCGGUGAAUUGUGGGCAAUCAUUGGUCCUCCGAGCUUUUCGAGUCUGCUGCUCCACCAUUGGAAAAGAUGGCUGCCUCGGCUCCAUCGGCGGGUUUCUCCGAUUUGUGCCCAAGCUACGCCGUGAUAUGCUCUUUUCUAGAGCGUUAUGGAGCUUUGCUGGAUCUACCGGAGCUCACAUUUCCGCAGUUGGAGAGAUAUCUCCAAGACACAUCUUCAGUUCCAAAGCUCUUGGUGGACCUUCAUGUGAAGUUGCUGAGGAAGAUUGGCAAGUCGGUGUCCGCAGACAGAUGGGAGAAGUACAUUGUGAAGGUGUGCCAUGAGUUCAACAGUACCUGGGCAUGGGAACUUGAAAAUAAAGGAUACAAAGACAUGUCUGUGGAGUGUAAGACUGGAAUCCUCAAACACUUAUGUGAGUGCCAGUUUGAUGACAAUGUCAAGUUCAAGACUGCAAUUAACGAGGAGGAUCCUGACAAGAUGCGGCUCCACCCCAUUGGCAAGGACAAAGAUGGCCGAAUGUACUGGUUCCAACUUGACCAGGAUAACAAUGUGAGGGUCUAUGUGGAGGAGCAGGACGACCUGGAUGGGUCCUCCUGGAAGUGCAUUGUCAGAGACAGAAACAGCUUGGCUGAGAUCCUGGCACAGCUGAAGACUCAAAUCGACCCAGCACUGUUGACAAAGAAAGAAGGAGGGGAGGAAGAUGAGAACAAGAAGACUGGCGGAGAAGGGGAAAUUAAAAAGACAGAGGAGACCUCAGGGGAUGAAGAGGACAAACUCUCCAAGGAUACAGCUUCUUUAGUGUCUCCAAAAACAGAGAAUACAGAAAGAAAAUCCCCAAAAGAGGAAUCAAAGCUGGACGAAUCGGAUGCCAAAUCCCCAUCGAAUGGCCUCAAAGACAACCAAGUCGAGUCAGAGUCAACAAGACAAUCCGAGAAGCCAAUGGUGGAUGACAAGGCCACCAUUAACACCCAGGCCAUCAAAGAAGAGCUGAUGGAGGUGUCAGAAUCCAAGGAGAGCACAGCCACAAGUGCUACAGAGCCUCUUGCGGAGAAACAUUGUGUGACGCCACAGACUGAGGAAGCCAAGAGGAAGACUGCAGAAGAACUCCAAAGGGUGAUGAAGAAUGACCAGCAGGCCAAAAUCCCCUUGAAAAAGAGAGAGAUGAAACUUAGUGAAGAUUUUGAUAAUAGUAGUGGCAGUGGCAGUAGAAUCAUUGUGCGUAACCCAUCUGUUGCUCCUGUCAAAGAAGGUCCUAAAGUUGAGGAGACCAGUAAAGAGGUCUCUGUUGCCCUGGUGGGGACGAUGGAGACGAAAAGUGAUCAAGUGAAUGGUGAUGCUCAGCCUGUCACAGAAAAAAGUGUCAAGGGAAUGAGAGAAUCUCCUAAAGAGUUGGGAAUACAGAGAGAAUCUGCUGAUGGCAAAGAACCGCAAACAAAAGCUGUUGCUAAGGAAGAAUGUGAAGCAGCAGAAGCUAGUGAAAAAGUGAAAACAAAUCUGUCCCUGGACAUGGACAAAAAGGAAGGGCAGAUGGCAAGCAAUGCUGAGGAGCCCACGGAGGUGGCCAUGGCCGAUGAAACUAACCUACAGAAAACUGUCCCAAAAACAGAGAAGGAAAGCACUGAAGCACUGAAAAAAUCAUCCCUAAAAGAGGCUAAAUCUUCAUCCCCUCUGACAAAGCCAUUGACUUCAUCUAAGGAUGCAACAAGCACACCGGAAAAGUCCUCUGAUCUUAAAGAGGAACAAAAAGUCAAGGUAUCCAAGUGGGAUGUGAAAGUGCGUCGUACAGAACACAAGACAUCCACAUCAAUAGAAACAGAUAAAACCCCUUCGUCUAGUAAGUCACAGAAACCAGAUGAAACUAAAGGAACAGAUUCAUCCGUUGCAUUUCAAGAGGUAAAUGUGUCUGCCUUUAAGGAAACAGUUGUCCCUAAAGACAGUUGUCCCCUUUCUGUCGUGAAAGAGAUGGAAAAAACAUCCAUCAUAAAAGCCACAGAAACGUUGUCGAACCCUAAAAACCCAGAAACAUCCGUCAUCACGAAACAAACCGAGAGACCUGAUCCCAUUACAGAUAAACCAGAAAGCUCAAAACGCCCUGAGUCGCCAGCAGUCAUAAAAAAUGCAGAGAAUCCAUCUAACAAAGAGAGCGCAGAGAAAUGUGAUGGUUCUAACAAUAUCAAAACAUCUUCUGUCAUUAAAAAGCCAGAGAUUUCAGAAAAGAGUAAAGAUGCCAAGAACCUGGCAAGCUCUAAAGAGACCAAUACGUCCUCAUUACUUAAAAAGGCAGACAAACCAGUUCCCAAUAAAGAAGCAGAGAAACUGGAGAGCACUAAAGAGACUAAUAAAUCGUGGGUCAUUAAAAUGACAGUGAAACCAGAGGCAUCUAAACAUACAGAGAAAUGUGAUACCCCUAAAGACAUUAUGUCAGCUCUCACCAAGGAGAAACCUGCUGUCAGUGCUGUAAGCACAAAUACAAAUGUUGCCCCUGAGGUGAAGAAAAAAAACAUCCCGGAGAAAGACUCUAAGAAAACAGCCAUCUGUAAAGAUGAGACGAGAGCUGUUGCAGCAGUGACUGAGACACAAUCUGGCCCUAAAGACGUGGAGAUGGCAGACAUCUUUGAGAAAUCAAACCAAUCCCAAUUGGAAGGACCCAAAAAGGUAGAGAAAUUGGGUAUCCCUAAAGACACGUUGAAAUCGACAAUACCUAAAUACGCAGAGAAAUCUGCUAAACUGGCUACGCCUAAAGAAGCUGAGAAAUUGGCUAGGCCUAAGGACGCUGAGAAAUUGGCUAGGCCUAAGGACGCUGAGAAAUUGGCUAGGCCUAAGGACGCUGAGAAAUUGGCUAGGCCUAAGGACGCUGAGAAAUUGGCUAGGCCUAAGGACGCGGAGAAAUUGGCUAGGCCUAAGGACGCGGAGAAAUUGGCUAGGCCUAAGGACGCGGAGAAAUUGGCUAGGCCUAAGGACGCGGAGAAAUUGGCUAGGCCUAAGGACGCGGAGAAAUUGGCUAGGCCUAAGGACGCUGAGAAAUUGGCUGCGCCUAAAGAAGCUGAGAAAUUGGCUGCGCCUAAAGAAGCUGAGAAAUUGGCUACGCCUAAGGACACGGAGAAAUUGGCUGCGCCUAAGGACGAGGAGAAAUUGGCUGCGCCUAAGGACGCGGAGAAAUUGGCUGCGCCUAAGGACGCGGAGAAAUUGGCUGCGCCUAAGGACGCGGAGAAAUUGGCUGCGCCUAAGGACGCGGAGAAAUUGGCUGCGCCUAAGGACGCGGAGAAAUUGGCUACGCCUAAGGACGCAGAGAAAUUGGCUACGCCUAAGGACGCAGAGAAAUUGGCUACGCCUAAAGAAGCUGAGAAAUUGCCUAAAUCGGCUAUUUCUGAAAAUGCUGGGAAAUCUGCUACCCCUAAAGACACUGAGAAAUUGGCUACCCCUACAGACGCUGAGAAUUCAGCUAAAUCGGCGAGACCUAUCCCUGAAGAUGCGGAGAUAUUGGCUACUCCUGAAGAAGCGAAAUCGGUUAACACUAAAGACACUGAGAAAUCGGCUACCCUUAACACAGAGACUGCUUCUAAAAAUAUUGAAGAUUUCACAAUCUGCGAAGGACAGAAUCCAGAUGCCUCUAAAGAAGCGGAGAAACUGGCAGACAUAAUGCCAGCUGCAGCAAAAGGAGAGAAACAUGUCGCCUUUGAGGAUUCUAAGCAAUUACCUUCUCUCAAAGAGUCUGUCCCAGUGGGGAGGAAACAGGAAGAGCCUAUGGAAAUAAGUUUGGAAAAGUCAACAGAUGACAAUGUAAUUAUUAGGGGACAUGCCGAUAAAGGCUGGACAAAGAAGUCUGUUAAAAGUGGAGAGAAUUCUGAGAGCGAGCCUAUCAAAGACUCAAACCGCAUGGACUGUAAUGCACCAUCAGAAAAACAGGCUACCAGCAAGAAGGCAUCAUCUCUCACUGAUGCUGAAGGUGAGACAGACAAAAGCCAGGUCAAAGUAAUCAAGGAAGAUGCCACAACACAGGGAUGCCCUAAAGAGGAUGAGAAGGAAGAUGAUCAGGCUAAGAAAAACGACCAAAAGGAGGAUGAUGGUGCUGAGAAAGAUAACUCAACUGCAGCAGAGAAACUGGGUGAGGCAAAAGCAAGUAACGGGUCUGAGAAUAAAGAGGAUGAAAAAAAGGAUGCAGGAACAACAUCAGAGAUUCAAGAGGAGGGGAUUCGCCUGAAAAUACGGGGAAUUACUCAUCGAAGGAGAGCUGAGCUCCAGAGAACGGAGAGGGACUCGGGGUCCGAUACUGGUGAGACUGGGAGAUCCCUGAGGAGGUCACCCAGGAUUUGCAGGCCAACCGCUAAGGGGGUGGAGUUCCAGGACAGGAGGCUGGAGAAAAAAGAGACCACGCCCCCUGAGGAGGAGGACGACGAGGAGGAGGAAACUGUUCAGAGGAAACCGAGAGAAAAGCUUGAUCAAGAUGGACAGUCCAAAUCUAAGGGGCGACGGAGGAGAAAGACCCGGUGGUCCAACACUCGAACACGACGGCGCAAAAAGAAUGGUUCUGGUGAUGAAAGCGAAUCAAGCGAAGAAGAGAGUGAGGAGGAUGACAGUGAUGAGAGCUUUAAGGUGGAGAAGGGCAAGAGGAGGUGGAGGAACCGGAACAGAGAAAGGCACAGCGACGACUCUGACACCUCGUCGGAUGAUGACCUCCCUCCUAACGAAGACCCCUGCAAACACUGCGGCCUCCCCAACCAUCCCGAGCUGAUCUUGCUAUGUGACUCGUGUGACAGUGGCUACCACACAGCCUGCCUCAGACCCCCUCUCAUGAUCAUCCCAGAUGGGGAGUGGUUCUGUCCACCCUGCCAACAUAAGCUACUCUGUGACAAGCUUGAGGAGCAGCUUGCUAAUCUCGAUGCUGCCCUGAAAAAGAGGGAUCGCGCUGAGCGAAGAAAAGAACGUUUGGUCUAUGUUGGAAUAAGUGUCGAAAACAUCAUCGCUCCCUCUUUGGAGGUAGAGGAAGAAAAGGAGGAAGAAAAGGAGGAAGUUAAGAAGGAGAAGAAGGAGAAGAAAGAGAAAAGCAAGAGCUGGGGUCGAAGGUCAACAAGGGCAAAGAAAAGCAUAAGUUACAGGUUUGAUGAAUUUGAUGAGGCUAUCGAGGAGGCAAUUGAAGAAGACAUCAGAGAGGCUGAUGGUGGAGGAGCUGGUCGGGGCAAGGACAUGGCCAACAUCACAGGCCAUAGCAGAGGGAAGGACAUGUCCACCAUCCUGGCAGCAGGCGAGGUUGGUGAGGGCAAGGAGAAUGGACGCCCGCCACGGCCCAACGCCGGCCAGCGCAGGAAGAAGCGCCGGCGUCUCAACGACCUGGACAGCGACAGCACUGUGGAGGAGGAGGAGAGCGAGGACGAGUUCCGUCUCAGUGACAGUACGGAGGAAGAGGAGUUUGUGGCGUCAGACAAGAGCGACGCAGAGAGCGAAGCGGCAGUCGACUCUAACGACGACAGUGACUUCGGCAGCACGCGACGCAGAACUGCCAGGACAAGGAGGCCGGCCAAAUGUCAAAGGAGCACUCGGCCGCGAAGGCGCCGCAGAGCAAGAGGGUACUCGGACGAUGAAGAGGAGGAGACGAGUGAUGAAGAUGAGGACGAAAUUAUGUCAGAGGGUUCCAGCGAGUUCAGCGACAGCGACCUGGACUGUAGCCAACGCCGAUCCCGCCGUAGUCAUACAAAGAGGCAGGUCAACUACUGCGAGUCGUCCGGCGACUCCGAUGGCUCAAAGGCCGGCACCAACCGGGACAAAGUCAAACCGCGGAGGCGCCUCGCCAGCUCCGACAGCGAAGCAAGCUCCUCCAGAGGCUCGGACGACUGCAAGAGGGAGAGGACUAGGUUGAAGAGGAGGGCUGACUCGUCUGAGGAAGAGUCCCAGCAGCGCCGCAGACGCCUCUCGCUGAAACGGAGGCGAGCCUCCGAGGAGGACGAUGACGAUUCCGAUGAAUCAUCGGAGGGAGAGCGUCCGGUCCGCAAGCGUGUGAACCGCAUCGACUCGGAUGACUCUGACCAGGAGGAGGAGAAGGAAGAAACAAAGGAAGAGGAGGAAGGGGGGGUGCUGGGGAAGGGAGCCAGCCCAUUGGACUACAACCUGGUGGAACUGCACCCCCCUACCAACGGACAGAGUCCCAUCAAGGCCCUGGAGGGCCUGGCUCACAUUGGGCCCCAAAAACCUGGAGCCACAGCCGUCACCAUAGCGCCCAACGGACUGGAGUUGGCGCCACAGGACGAUGAUGAAGAUGACCUGCUGGGGGUCACAGACCUUGUGGACUUUGUCUGCAAUAGUGAUGUGUUGUAAAACAAUGUUGUACGUUUGUUCAUUUCUGUAGUAUUGUAUUUUUUUUUAUAUUAUGUUUUUUUCUCCACUGAAGUCGUCCACCGUUUAUUCCUGUCCUCUCCUCUUGUGUUUUCUUGUUUGUUGUUUUUUUUUUUUCAAUUCAUCCUCCUUGUCCCCUCCUCAGUGUGGCCCCAUCCAUCCAUAUGAACUGGAUGCCUUACGGGGAGAAGUUAAUUCUCUUCACUCUUCGCACCUGUUGGAUUGUACUGUCAUUGAGAGCACUAACUCUAAAGGUUGUUUUGUGGUACGUGAAUUAGCUUUGUCUCUGUACUCCGUCACCGAUGGACAUGCGGAUCAGAACCAACUUCCAGGGUUACCUACUCAGGGGUAUGUCCACUGCCCCACAUGACCCCACCAUACAAAGAAUCCAUCUCUCAACUUCAUGGUUUUGUUCAUUAGGCCCCAAAUGGAAGAAAGCAGACAGACACUGGGAAGGACUAACUAGACUUGUCCAAUAAACACUCAUUUUUGUU